AAAUAUACGACAAUAUUAUCAUUAGAAUAUUUAAAUGCUUAUUUUCGGUCUGUCUGGAUAUAUUUAAUAAAGCCAAUUAGCAGAUUAUAUAUUAGCGUGUCGAUUAGAGGUAGGUAGGUAUUUCUCUAGUGUAGUGAAAUGACCUAGCUCUUAGCACAGCCCUUAGUUAGCUUAUACUACAAAUUAAUCAUAAUGAUAAGACAAAUUGAGGACAAAACCAAGAAAGAUUGAGCAGACGUGAAUGUUGUAGAUUUUGAUGUCAACACAGGGAGUUAUUAGAAUAUGUUGAACGUAUUAAAAAUAGGUCUAAUCAUUUGUAAAUAACUGUCUAUUUGUUAUAACAUUUAAUAAAAAGAAAUCAUUUUGACAUUUACGACAACUCAGAAUUCAUUACAAUUACUCAAAAAUAAUCAGUAAAAAUGGUAAAAUUUACAAGUUUAAAAAUAAUGCAGUUGUAAAAAUACAAUAAACGAAACAUUUUAUAUGUCUUGUUAAUGGGAUUGCGAUGGCAGGUGCAGCAAGAUUAUUAGUAAAAUGCAGUUGGCCAGUUGCAUAUAUAAUUGAACCAUUGCUGACAUGUUGUAAAUAUAAUUCAACAUGGAUUUUGCCUAUUCCAUUGCACACACCCACUCCCACCUUACUUUCAUCGAGAUUUAAAUUUCAACCAUCACUCCAAUUUCGGCAAUUCAAUCCUCCAAGGCAACUAAUCGACCCAAAAUUAUUACAAAAGCGGUCAAAGCGAACUUUUGAUUUCCUUAACGGUUUCCCAAAAUCUUUUUUUUUUCGCAAAAGAGAUAAUAAGAAACGGAAAAAACGCGUACCUAAACUUAUAUUGGUCCAGAAUCCAUUUACAUGGUUAAUGUUAAAAAUUGAUUUUAGCGUGUUAAGAAAUAUUUGGGAUCCCACUUUUAUAGAAAAAGAAUUUAAAUUUGGUACAAAGCAGGCUAUAUCCCGAAUCACUCAAGUGAUAAGCCAAGGACAAUAUGCUGAGUUGAAUGGUUUGCUGACAAAAGCGGCUCGACAAAGCUUGUUGCGUGAGCUUGAACGCAACUGGAACGAGCGUCAGCGAUCCCUGCUGGCAUUACAUAGAGACGAUAUUCAGAUAUCUUCUCCGCGCAAGGUUUAUUUUAUUAGAAUUGCUGAUAAGAAAUUUUGUGAUGUGGACAUGGCGUUCUUGGCACUUAAGUGGACUCCUAUAAAUAGCAUCGAUGCUUUGAUAUUCACAGAAAUAUUUGCCAGAUUUCAUCGCGAAUAUACUCCGCACAGUAUUCCAGAAUGGACCAUUGCUUAUUUUAAGGUUACACGGUUUGAAGUGUUACGUCGAUAAUUAUGGUCCAGAGUAAAAAGUGAAAUGACAAUUAUACUUUGUAAAAGUGUUUCAAUAAAUAUAUAUUAUGAAUUAA